GAGAUACAGCCAUUGAAAAAGAUGAAGAGAACUUCUCUGCGGAGUUGCAAUGGUAUUCCCUUUAUCUAUUCCAUCUCUGGUUCGGCAUUUACAUUUAGAGCUUGUUCUUCAUGCCAUUACAGUAACAAAUCAAUUUCAGUAAAGGAUAAACUUGGUGUAAAUAGUGGCAAUUUAGAUGAUGCUGUUACUCUCUUCCAUCAAAUGGUUACAAUGAAGCCUCUUCCUUCAGUUGUCGAUUUCUCUAAAUUGUUUAAGACUAUGAUAAGUAUGAAGCAUUACUCACCUGUCCUUUCUCUUUUCCGACAAAUGCGGAAAUUGGGCAUUCCAAUUAAUGGGUUCAUCUUGAAUAGUGUGAUUAAUAGUUAUUGCCUGAUGCAUCGUGCUGAUUUUGGAUUUUCGGUGUUACCUAUUUACUUGAAGAAUGGCAUUCCGUUUAAUAGUGUUACCUUUACAACUCUAAUAAGGGGAAUCUUUGCUGAAAAUAAGGUUAAAGAUGCUGUUGAAUUGUUCAAAAAAUUGGUGAGAGAGAAGAUUUGUGAUCCCGAUGAAAUCAUGUAUGCAACAGUAAUGAAUGGGCUCAGCAAAAGGGGUCAUACUCAGAAGACUUUAAGUUUGCUCCGGUUAAUGGAACAAGGUAACACUCAGCCCAACAUAUAUAUCUAUAGCAUUGUUAUAGACGCUCUUUGCAAAGAUGGAAACUUAGAUGCUGCUAUCAACAUUCUGAACGAGAUGAAGCAGAAAGACGUUCUUCCAAACAUAGUUACAUAUAAUUCAAUAAUUGAUGGUUUGUGUAAGCUCGGUCAGUGGGAAAAGGUUAAAACUUUGUUCUCAGAGAUGGUGAACCUUAAUAUGUAUCCAGAUGUGCAUACCUUAAACAUACUAACAGAUGGACUAUGCAAAGAAGGGAAAGUCAAAGAUGCUGAGGAAGUAAUGAAACACAUGGUCGAAAAGGGUGUAGAGCCUGAUACAAUCACCUACAAUGCAUUGAUGGAUGGAUAUUGUUUGUGUGGUCAACUAGAUAGAGCAAGGAGAAUUUUUAGUAGCAUGAUAGAUAAGGGCAUUGAGACCGACAUUAUUAGCUAUAACGUACUAAUAAAGGGAUACUGUAAGAAAAAGAAAGUGGAUGAGGCCAUGCAAUUGUUUUGUGAAAUUUCUCAAAAGGGAUCAAAACCCGAUAAUUUUACCUACAAUACGAUCUUGCAAGGUCUUUUUGAAGUUGGAAGAACUGGUGAUGCAAAGCAAAUUUACGCUGAGAUGCUAUCUGCAGGGACCAAGCCUGAUAUAUACAUUCAUGUCACUUUGCUCAAUGGUUAUUAUAAGUACGGACUUGUUGAAGAAGCUAUGGCACUCGUUAAUAAGUUAGAAAGAAACAAAGAAUAUACUAAUAUUGCAUUUUAUAGGGUUGUCAUUAACGGAUUGUGCAAAAAUGGUAAACUCAACGAAGCACAUGCUGUUUUCAAGAAGCUUUCUUUCAUUGGAUUACUCCCGGAUGUGAGAACAUACACUAUAAUGAUUAAUGGAUUUUGUCUUGAAGGGUUGUUUGAUGAAGCUAAAUAUAUUCUAAGAAAAAUGGAAGACAACGGUUGUUCUCCAAACAAUGUCACUUAUAAUGUUAUUGUGCAAGGAUUUCUCAGGUGCAACAAAAUUAGUGAAAUGGCAUCUUUUAUGAAGGAAAUGGAUGGAAGGGGCUUCUCAUUUGAUGCAACUACAACUGGUUUUUUGAUAGAUGUUGUAAGGGAGAAUCCUUCUGUCCUUGACAUGAUACCAGAGCUUCACUCGAAACAUAAGAAGUGAAUAUAUUGUUUGGUUUAUUCGGCUACGCUAUCCUGUGAUACAAUUUCCUUUUUAUCCCUGCAAAAGAAAUAACACCCUAUGCAUUUGCUAAAGUUGAUGGCAAUUAGAACAUUGUUUGAGCUUUCAACACAGCCUAAUGAGGAGAUUGAUGAAGGGCAAGUUGCUAGUACAGGAAUGGUUGCACCAAGUUAUGUUCAGAAAGUUGCACUGAGUAUUCUUGUUAUAACUGUCGAAUACCAAAUUUUUUAAAUACGCAUGCCAAAUAUCAUAAUAUCGGAACUGUGGUGUCAAAAAUCUCAGUUUUGGUAUCUACCAUACCAUGCCAACCCUUAAUUAUGACCGAACUAGGGAAAUUUGUGCUAUUAACCUAAAGAUAUAAAAUGAAUCUAGUUUGCACUAGCAUAUAACUAAAGUAAUUCUCUUGACUUUCAAUGUAGACAUUAAAAACUUUUGUUUUAUUGUAUUGGAUUUCAAUGGUGUUCGGGCCAACUAACACACACCUAUACUAAUUCCACGGUGUACCUACUAUCACCCACCAACAGUGGUACCUGUAAUUUUGUCCACCAAGGCCUAUAUAAAUGGAAAGAAAUCAACUAGCUUUUUUGCCUUCACUGGGAUUUGAUUCGAGAAUACAUGGUUCUUAAUCCACUUCAUUGACUACUAGGCUAUACCCUUUGGUGCCCAAUAGUCAUAUAGAAAUUUUUUGUGGGCUGCUAUUAUGCGUUUUGCAAUAGUUAUGAGAACUCAAUUAGUUGAUCUUGCUUUAGUGGCUUCAUUGCAACAGCAUUAGGACUUCUAAUCAACCAUGGUUAUCAUGAAUUUAACAUAUUGUUUCAAUAUUUUGCAUUC